AUGGGCUGGCUGCGCAGCUUAUCACUUUUAAGUGUUUUAUUCGCCGGCAGUGUCGUUACUGCUCAGCAGCAGAACUGGAACAGCAGUGGAUACCAGCACCACCAGCAAACCGCCACCAGUAAAAACAGCUGGCAGGAUUCAAAUAGUGCUACUCUCUGGGAGCGGUACAGUUGCAAGGAGUCUAAUCCGGUCUACGAUUGUGUAUUCUGCGAUGUGUCCAUCACUAGGAAUACUUCCGGUGCUUACUUCGGUGAAGUUGAGAUAACGCAUAACAGCCAGAAAAAUCUUACAUUCAAAAACUCAGUCGUGAGAAAGUUACCGGAGACAUUAUUGCGCUCGUUCGGAGAAGUCGAGCUGCUCGAUCUGACUGCUGUACAGUUAGAGGAAAUCGUACCGAACGCCUUCACAAACGGUAUCAACAUCCGGGAACUGUAUUUAGGCUUCAACGAUAUUCGUGAAUUACCACAGGGCGUGUUUCAUAACAUGAGCUCUCUCACCAAAUUGGCGCUGGACCAGAACAGCCUCCAACGUUUGCCACGGGACAUCUUUUCCGGUACACCGAAUCUUACUGACCUGUCGUUCGCGAACAACAAACUGCAGCUAAUCGAUGAUAAUACCUUCCAGAAUGUUAACAAUUUGCAGCACCUACUGUUGAAUAGCAACAAUCUCACCCACUUUGACCUUUCGCUCAUUCCGAGCCUUAUCGAAGGAAAUGUCAGUUCCAACCUGCUUACGACAUUAGCAAUCCCGGUUAAUUUGGUCGUCCUGGAUGCCUCGCACAAUCGCAUCAACACAGUGACGGGCUCAAACAAUACAAAGCUCCAGGAACUCUUUUUGCAACACAACAACCUAACAAACAUCACGUGGCUUCACCGCUACUCCGAGCUGGUCGUUUUGGAUCUUUCGUACAACGAGCUGGAAAGGGUAACGGACCAUCAUUUCAAGAAUUUGUGCCGUCUAGAGCGAUUAUACCUAUCUAACAACCGGCUGGUGGCAUUGAACCUGAAUUCCUCACCUAUCGGAACACUCAAGAUACUCGAUGUCCGGCAUAAUCAUCUACUGCAUGUGGAAAGGAACAAGGAUCAGUUCAGUACACUAGCGCAGCUGUAUCUCGAUCACAACUCGAUCGUCACGCUUAAGAUCAGCCCCAACCACAAGCUGCAAAAUCUCACGCUAUCGCACAACGAUUGGGAUUGCAAAAAUCUAGAGCAACUGUUUCAAAAUGUGUCCGAAUCGGUGAUAAAUGACAGCGACCAGUACUGUAAGGAAAACUACCAACACAGGCAAAGUUUUUGCUGCAAGGAAAGUGACAAACCUUACCUGGACCGGCUGAUACACCACAUCAGUUUGGCGAGCGUUGCAGAAAAGCUCCAGCGUGCGGAAGGACGGUGCAGUGCAUCGGAUGCACUCAGUGGCGUCCAGAAUUUGACCAACUUCAUGACUCAGCAUGGUGGUGGCGUACUAUUGCAAUCCAGUCCACAGCGCCAGGCAGAACUCAACCAACUGCAGUUCGAUGUUAAACAGCUAAAGUACCAACAGUCGCAGCGCGAGCAGCAUCUUCAAAGUAUGCAUACCGAUGUCGACAAUGCGAUGCGUCGCUACCGCGUGACAAAGGUAGGAUUGGUGCGCCCGAGCGACAACCUCCGCAGGCUGUUCGAACAUCUGAAUAGUCGACGUACGUUUAAGGAAGGCGAAACAACAAAUCGCCUAUCGGAGGCAAACCGCAAAAAACAUGAAGUGACAUCAUUUGAAAAGGAAAACAAAGAUCUUGAGACGCUAUUGGCCGCGAAGAGGGUUAUACUGUUUAAGAUCAAGAACGACACGAAGGGCCUAACAACGAGAGUGAAGCAAUUGGAGGCAAAAAAGAACAACAACGCACCAGCAAGACAAAUAACUAAGUGA